UUUUUUUUUUUUUUUUUAGCUUAGUGAAAAGUCAGCCUGGAUAGCCAUCCUUUAAAGCGGGGUUGAAAUUGCUUUGAUAUCAAGCAGAAGGUAGUUUCAUAUCCGUGUGUUUGUGUGUCUAGUCUUUAUUGCUCUCCAUAUCUCUAGCUAUAAGUAAUUUGGCUCACAGAUAAGCAAAUUUUCAUGGCUUCUUCUUCUUCUUCUCCUUCUUUUUCAUCACCUAGAUGUGAAUAUGACGUGUUCUUAAGUUUUAGAGGCGAAGAUACUCGCAAAAACUUCAUCGGCCAUCUUUACACGGCUCUGGAUCAGAGGGGAAUUAGGACCUUCAAAGAUGAUGAAAGGCUUGAGAGAGGGAAAACCAUUUCUUGGGAUCUCAUGAAAAAUAUCAAUGAAUCCAGAAUUGCUGUGAUUGUCUUCUCCAGAAACUACGCUUCUUCGUCCUGGUGCUUAGAUGAACUGGUGGAGAUCCUCGAGUGCAGGAGGACAAAGGGACAGAUAGUUUUGCCAAUCUUCUACAACUUCAAAGCAUCAGAAGUUCGGAAACAGAAAAGGAGUUUCGCAGAAGCAUUUAGAGAGCAUGAAGAAAUUCAUAAGGAGGAGAUGGAGAAGGUGCAGAGAUGGAGGGCUGCUUUGAAGGAAGCAGCAAGUAUAAGCGGGUUGGAUCUAGAAGAUGCUGCAAAUGGGUAUGAGGAUAAGUUUAUCCAACGAAUUGUUCUAGAGAUUUCAGAAAUAUUGCAAAAAAGGAUAUUCAAAGUUGCUGAGUAUGAAGUGGGUAUUGAUUCACGGGCAAACAAGCUAAUCAUGUUGUUAAAUGCUAGGUUAGAGGAUAAAUUAUUUGUGGGGAUUUAUGGAAUUGGAGGAAUAGGCAAGACAACUCUUGCCAAAGCCAUUUUCAACCGAGUAUCUCAUAGAUUUGAAAGAAGUUGUUUCCUUGAAAAUGUGAGAGAAGAGUCAACAAAACUUGGUGGUUUAGCUAAACUACAACAAAAACUUCUUAGAGAGACCCUAAUGGAUAAUAAUUUAAGGAUAUCCAACUCUGACAUCGGAAUCAACGAGAUAAAGGAUAGACUUCAACAUAAAAAGGUUCUUAUAAUUCUUGAUGAUGUCAGUCAUGAGAAACAAAUAAAGAGUUUAGCUGGAAUAGGACAUGAUUGGUUUGGAUCGGGAAGUAGGAUCAUCAUAACAACUAGAGAUGAACGGUUACUGAUAAAGUACAAUGUUAAAACAUACAAGGUUGAGCUAUUAGAUGAGAAUGAAGCAGUUGAACUUUUCAGUUGGCAUGCAUUCAAGCAGAAUUAUCCCGUAGAAGAGUAUUGUGAACUUUCGUGUCGUAUAAAAGAUUAUGCUAAAGGCCUUCCAUUGGCUCUUCAAGUUUUGGGAUCCUUUUUAUGCGAAAGAAGCAUACCAGAGUGGAAAAGUGAACUGGAUAAGUUGAAUACUGACCCUCACAAAGAAAUUCAAGAUGUUCUUAGGAUAAGUUGAUGGCCUUGAUACAAAAAAGAAGGCUAUAUCCCUCAAUUUUGCUUGUUUCUUAAAAGGAUGUGACAGAAAAUUUGCAAUAGAUUUUUUUGAGAGUUGUGGAUUUUACUUGGUCAUUGGAAUAAAAGUUCUCCCUGAGAAGUCCCUUGUUACUAUAUCAGAAGAUAAUAAGCUCUCGAUACAUGAUUUGAUGCAAGAAAUGGGUUAACAAAUUGUUCGUUUAGAAUCUAAAGUUCCUGGAGGGCGAAGAAGACUGUGGUCUUAUAAGGACAUCCAUAAAGUAUUAACUGAAAAUACGGUUAAAUGAGAAAGAAUUGUCUUUAGAAGGUAUUGCCUUCUUCCUGGGGGAGUUUUAGUAGAAUACGGCUUCUUGGUUGUCCUACAAAUCUUUCUAAUGAGUUAAGUUAUCUUGAUUGGAAUGGUUACCAAGGAGAAUAUUUGUUAUCCAAUUUUCAUCCAAAAAAACUUGUCGGACUACAUUUACGUCAUAGCUUGAUCAAAGGAAUUUGGACGAAUGCAAAAGUAAAGGAUUGCUCUUUUGGGAUGGUCAUCAUUCUUUGCGUGGCUUGGCCAUGAUAUCAUAGACAACUUUUGUUUUGUAUACAUGCAAUAUGUUUAGCAUGUUUCAUUUAACUUUUGGGAUGUUGAUAUGUAAUGUAACUAUGGAAUACUUGGCUACUCUUUUGAAGGAGGGAAAUGGGCUUAAAACUUGUCAAUCUCUUGAUUGAGUUCUAAGACCAUUCCCACUCUAGUGUUGUCUUUUGCAUAAAUUUGAAAUCCAUGUAAUGAGGCCAAGGGCCAUUUCCUUUUAA